UCUCUACUUUAAAAAAAGAGGUAAUUAGAGGACUCAGUGAAAAAGGAUGGAAAGCUUGCUGUUGUAAAACACAGUCUUUUUACCAUGACAUUCUGCUUGGGUACAAUCAAACCUAGAAAAAUGUGUCCUGCAACUGAGAGCUAAAUUUCAGCUUUGUAAAAAACACUAAGGGUAACUAAGUGAAAUGUCUCAAACUUGGUAUCAAGUAUUUCAUUUUUCAACACUGACAGACAGCAGUCCUCCAGUGUCAACCCAUGGCAUGGAUGCAGAUGCUCUACAGAAACUGAUUCAUUUGCUCCAGGCCACAGAUGAUCCAUUAAUUCAAGAGCAAGCUUUAAUCACUCUCAGCAACAGUGCUGCCUUCUCUGUAAAUCAAGAUUUAAUCCGAAGUUUGGAUGGCCUUUCUGUUAUUGGAGGGAUGCUCUCUGACUGCGUUCCCAAAGUUAAAGAAAAAGCACUAAAUGCGCUUAAUAAUUUGAGUAUGAAUAUUAAAAAUCAGGAAAAGAUACAGGUGUAUAUUACACAAGUUUGUAGGAUCGUUGAGUCAGCUCCCCUCAACUCUGAUCUGCAGCUAGCUGGACUCAGGCUGUUGACAAAUAUGUCUGUUACCAAUGACUACCAUCAAGAGAUGAUAAACUCAAUUCCAUGCUUUCUUCAUUUGCUUUCAGAAGGAACUGAAAGGACACAGAUUCAAGUUUUGAAAGUACUUGUGAACUUAUCUGCAAACCCAGCCAUAACAAGACAUCUUCUCAGAGCUCAAGUGCCAUCAUUGCUAUUACUUUUUGACAACUCUAUAAACAGAGAUAUUCUGCUCAGAGCCCUGGCGUUUGCAGCAAACUUGAAAAAGAACAUGAACAAUGAAGAUGGCACCAUAACUGAGGACCAAUACAGUGAAGACUCAAUUUUCUUUACACUCUGCAGGGACUCUGCCCCAUUUGCUCAGAAACUGGCAUUUUUGCUGCAUCACCCCGAUACAGAAGUGAAAGAACAAGUUGUGAGAAUAUUAACACAAUAGUGUUGUUUUCUUAAAACAGACUGACCUGAUGAAAAUAUUUAAUCUUGGGAAUGCUAUGCUAAAAAAACCUGCAACAAGCAAACAAUAAAACAACAAUGACAAAUAAACCCUGAAUACUACCAUAUUACUAGGCACAAAUCAGUUAGUGCAAAAGAGUAUUUAAUAUAGAGAGCAUAACAGAUUUUUUUUUUACAAGCAAGAGAAAAGCAAUAGCUUAAUUAACUACAGUGCAGUUAACCACAACUGUGCAAAGUUUCUACACUUGAACAAAAAUUGGAAGGAUUUUAUUUUGCUUUAAAAUCGUCACUUUAAGGAAAGCAGGCAUAUUUUUAAAAAUAUUUUAUUAAGAGUCAAACAUUAUCUGCAACUGCAAUUUAGUAUUCUCAUCUUUAUAAAAAAGUCUAUGAGAGCAGUAUCAUACACAUUUUUACAAAAGCUUCCUAUUCUGUAGCAGCCCUUGAGCCUGCUUUCCUUGGAGAACUUUACUCCUUUUUUUCUGCAACUGGAACAUCAUUGGAAUAAGUGCUUCUGCUGAAUUAGCCUCCAUAAAGUUUAAGUCAUCAAUUGAGCAUUAAUUCAAAAUGAAGUGGAAUACAUACAAACAUCACUUGAAUGGAGUUUCAUUGAUGAACAGAAAACAUACUGGAAAAGACUUCUCAAACCAGACUGCUAAAAAACUUCCUAACACUUGUAUUAUAGAGAAAGUAAAAAAAGCAUCGGUUUUCCACUUUGUACCAUUUUUAAGAGAACUGUAUCACCUAAACUGUUACCAGGUGCUUCAUCUUUCUAACUUAAUAUACCCACUCUGCUCUUAAUAAAACAUUCCUAUCUUCUCUUUCUGUAAUGCAA